AUGUCGGGUGUCUGGGGCUGGUUUGGGGGAGGGAGUGCGCAGAAAGCCAAGGACUCCCCGAAGAAUGCUAUCUUAGGACUACGUGCGCAGCUUGAGAUGCUGCAGAAACGAGAGCGUCAUUUACAAAGUCAAAUGGACGAACAAGAUGCGAUAGCUAGGAAGAAUGUUAGCACAAAUAAGAAUGCUGCGAAGGCUGCAUUGCGCCGGAAGAAGCAACAUGAGCACACUCUAGAUCAAACUAUUGCGCAGAUAUCGACGUUAGAACAACAAAUAUACUCUAUCGAAGCAGCCAACAUUAACAAGGAGACUCUCCUUGCCAUGGAAAAAGCCGGCAAGGCAAUGGCAGCUAUCCAUGGCAAACUUGAUAUCAACAAGGUUGAUGAGACAAUGGACAAACUUCGAGAACAGCAUGCUUUGGGCGAAGAAAUCGCCCAAGCUAUUACGAGCGCACCUCUCGGCGAGCCUAUAGAUGAGACUGAGCUCGAAGACGAAUUGGCGGAUCUUGAACAAGAGCAGUUAGACAAUAAGAUGCUAAAGACUGGUUCCGUGCCAGUCUCUGAUGAAGUUCAUAGGUUGCCAUCUGUUGUGAAUGGAGAGGUCAAAUCCAAAGCACCCGUUCAUGUUGAAGAAGAUGACGAAGAGGAAGAACUCCGAAGGCUACAAGCUGAGAUGGCCAUGUAA